CAGGUUCCAAGAACUUUUGAAUUGUUGGGCAUUUUGAUGACAAGACAAGUCAAGUCUGUACAGUAAUUAAGUAGCAAAGCCACGACAACAUGGUUCUUUUAGAAUUUUUCAACUGGGUAUUUGAGCUUCCUUCAUCUGCGAGUGGAACAUUGCCAACACCGAUACAAAACUCGACUGAAACUGGUUGGUUUUACUCAACAAUCAUUUGUCUUAUUGUUGGAGCUGUCUUCAUUUUAUUUAGUUGCAUCUACGCGUUUGUUGCCGAGGCAAUAAAAUGUACAGGGAGAUUUGCGACACCGCAGUUUCCCGCUAUUCUGAGUUACAAGAAAAAGAAAAUUAAGCAUCGAAAAUCAAAGAAACCAAGUCAAAAGCGGCUAACUAAAGCACAGAGAUUGCUGGAGGUAAACAAAAGAUGGUCAGCUAUGUACUGUUCGGACAAUUCAGAUUGCGAAGAGCCUGACGACAUUGCAACCGUGCCGUUCGGAAGCCUUGAGAUAACAGAAGUUAAAAAGGUCAGUUUUAGAGAUACCAUUGAAGAUGUGUACUUUAUUGAGAGCAAGGAGGAAAUGAAAAGACUGGAAGAGUUACAGAGCAUGGGCUAUGACGUCACUAUCGAGAGGCCUAAGCCUUCCGCGCGCGAUCGCGCGUGCAAGAAGGCAACAGAAGCUGCGGUCUUCGAGGAGAAGGAAACCGUGUUGGCUCCAGGCAUGUGUUCAACUUUUGACAAUUAUAGUGACAAAAUAGCGUUAAAGAAAUUGAUUGAUGCUAAAAACUCUCAAAUGGGGGAUGCUAAAAUAGGCUCGUACGAGAACCGAAUUUUCAAAGAUGAAGAAAGACUGCUAGAGAUACCAUUGUUACGUGAGAGCACUGUUUAGGGACAAGACAUCAAGGCGAAACGCAUUGCGUAUUUUUGAAGUCUCUGGUCUCAGGACCUGUUCAGCUCAACUGGGACACAAACGAAACGAAGCUUUUAUGUUACAUAACAUAGAAUUGAACAGUCACAGAAUUGACUGAACUACAGUAUCGUAUAAACUCUUAAUUUAUCAUUGUGAUUUCUUCCGUUCUUGAAAAGUUUUCAUUGAAUCUGUUCAUGUAUUAUUGGUUUUGGUUCUUUUAUGGGGAACCUGGAACAAGCGACCAACCUCGACAUCAUGUGGAGGACGACGGCGUCUGAAGUCGUGGAAGAGGAACGAUGUAAGCGAGAUCAUGCGAGCCCGCGUGGUACAGUGGUCAAUGGAAGAUCAGACAUGCACCUUGACACACUGAUUCUUGCUCCAUGAAAAUAACUUCCUGGUCGCAAAAUCAGUCCGGAAAUAAUUCUCUGAUUAGGCGAUAGGGAUUACCCUAUUGCUCAACUGAACUGCGCGAUUACUAAGUACAUGAUUUUGAGAAAAACAAUGCAUUCUGGUCAAUAAACAAAUAAAUGAAAUAUUUUAACUCAAUCCAGCCAGCUUAAAAUUACAGUUAGAGAAAAUCUCGGGAAUUCUAGAAUCUCGUGUUUCCUCGUGCCAAGGCCCCGCGGGUUAAGAGUGACAC